UCAUAGUGUGCAUUCAUUUCAAUUCAUUCAACUCACUUCGUUGAAUAAAGUUGUGUGCAAUUUGUCUAUCAUGAUUUUUUUACCAAUUUGGGACAGAUUUAAACUCCGAAAGUAUUUUAUUUAUGUAUAAAAUAUUUUAAUUUCGUUAUAUAAUACAUUUUUCGCUGUGUAAAGUUGCCGAAAGUGAAAUGUAAUGGAAUUAAGCCGAGCGUUUCUUAAAUCCUUGUAAAACAAGAGUUGUUUCUUCGUGAACAUAUCAUUAUUUGUGUUUAAAUUUCUUUGUUAAAAGUUGUAAACAAACGAAACUGUUUAUUAGAAGGGGUAACUUGAGUAUAAAUAAAUUAGGUAAAUUAAAACAAUGGAAGUAUCUAAUGAAAUAAAAGAAGAUAUUCGGAAAACGCAGUCGGACUUGAAAAAUGCGAUACGAAUCCAUCAGAUUUGGGUUGCGCGCCUUCAAGACGAUGAAAACAAUAAUCACAUUAAGACCAAAGUUAAAGAAGCAGAAAAAGAAAUAAUAGCUAUUGGACAAACUCAAAAAUUGGUUGUAGAAAGACUAAGAAGAGAGCUAGAAUUGUAUCAGCAACGUUUGAAGGCACGCAACAAGCAAAUUAAUAUAGAAAACGACAAUAGAUAUGUAGCACAGCAACUAAGGGACCAUCAAUUACAAUAUCGUAGCAGAAACAGAACGGUAUCACUUUUGAAACCAUCUGUAUUGAAUGAAAUACAUAUUAAAACUGAGAACAAUAGUGAUGAAGUAAAAGAGAAUAUAUCUGACUCAGAGAUUGAGAUUAAAUUGUCAAAUGAGAAGGAAAACUCAAAUCACAGUGGAAAUGAGGACAAAGACCAAUAUUCAAGGAAUUUUACUCAACUGAACAAUGUCCAUGAUAGCCGGAGCAAUUUUGUUAAUGCUUUAAAUAAAGUUAAGGAAGCUUUUAGUGAUUCAAAACAUGAAGAAAACAAUGAGUGGCAGGAACAGAAGUCUGAUUCGGAUUCGUCUAGAGGUGCCGUGCUCUCGCCGACGCCGUCGCCGCCGCCUUUACCAGAACCAGGUGAACCGGUGUCGAAAGAAACUUUCUUGAGACUCAUUGGUCUAGUGACACCUCUACAAAGGGAGAUAAUAGAGAAGAAGAGGAAUGAACGCCGUAAAAGGUCCACAACAAGUACAAACAGAAAUGAAUUUCUUUAUGGGAGCUUUGAAAUGUUACCUAAAAAGAAAAAGUACAACCAGUUCCCUUAUCUUCAAACUCAUAAUGAUCCUCCACAGACAAGAUCUGCCAAGUUACGCAAACAACAGAACCAAAACAAAACAUCUCGAGAAGGCUCGCCCUCAGGAUCUUCUACGGAAAUAAAGGAAAUUUGUUAG